AUGAGCAAACGAAAGCAAUUCACCAUCGAAGAAAAGGCAAAUGUCAUUUUUCGUUUAAAAAAAGGUGAAAAAAAUUCCAACAUAGCUAAUAAAUUAGGCGUAGGUCACUCUACAAUUUCCAACAUAUGGAAAGCUCAAGACAAAAUCGAACAAGAGUUUCAAAAUGAAAAAUUAUCAGUUAAGAAACUCAGAAAUUGUACACAUACAGAUUUAGAUAAUGUUUUAUUACGAUGCUUUAAAAAUCAAAGAAAUCUAUGCAUUCCAAUUAAUGGACCAAUUCUUCAACAGAAAGCCAAUGAAUUAGCUGAAGGCCUUGGUAAUCAUAAUUUUAAUUGUUCCACUGGUUGGAUUCAAAGAUUUAGAGCGAGGCAUAAUAUUGUGUUUUCAACAAUAAGCGGAGAAUCAAAUUCGGUCAAUACUGAAAUAACACAAAAUUGGCUCGAAAAAGUAUGGCCUAAAUUACGAGAAGGAUACACAGAUGACCAAAUUUAUAAUGCAGAUGAGACUGGACUUUUUUACAGAAUGCUUCCUAACAGAACAUUAAAAUUUAAAGGAGAAAAAUGUUCAGGUGGUAAAAUGUCCAAAGAACGUCUAACUGUCUUAGUUUCAGCAAUUAUGACUGGUAAAAAAAUGAAACUGAUCAUAAUUGGAAAAUCCCGUAAUCCACGAUGUUUCAAAAACAUCAAUAGUGACUGUCUACCGGUAACAUAUGAAUCUAACUCCAAAGCUUGGAUGACCGCAAAAUUAUGGUCUAAAAUUUUAUUAAAUUGGGAUUUAGAGUUAGGAAGAAAAAAAGAAAAAAUUUUACUCUUAGUUGACAACUGUCCAGCACAUUGCACUGUAGCAUUACGCAAUAUUAAACUUGUAUUUUUACCCAGUAAUUGUACGUCUGUUCUUCAACCAAUGGAUCAAGGCGUAAUAAAAUGUAUGAAAACUUAUUUUCGAAAAAGUUUGGUGCUAAAUAUGAUCAAUAAUAUUGAAAAUAAAAUUGAAGCGAAUAUCAGCGUAUUAGAUGGUAUAUUAAUGAUUUUUAAAGCUUGGGGAAAAGUAUCAGAGAUUACAAUACGAAAUUAUUUUCGUCACGCUGGUUUCAAUAAUGCAAUACCACAACAAACUGUCCAAGGAGAACAAGAAGAAGACAUAAGUUUCCCAAGCAUAAAUGAAUAUGUUAACUUUGAUAAUGAUGUGCUAACUUCAGAACCAUUAAGUGAUCAAGAAAUUAUUUCUUCAUUGAUUAACCAACCCGAAGAACCUGAGGAAGACGAUAAUAGUGAAGAAGCUGAUACUCCCGAUGGAGAUUUAUCUAUUAAUGUAGUGUUCAAUGCAGCAAAGAUGUUAGCAAAUUAUAUGGCUCUGAAUAACGUAAGUCCAAAGAUAAAUUUUGAAGAACUAGAAAAAAAAAUAGAGCGUGAAUUCUAUACUAACAAAGUUCAAUCUAAAAUAACAGAUUUCUUUAAAUAA